UGCAAGACACAUGCAAGAACUAAGCUCAUUUAUUUCUGUUAUUAGCCUCGAAGCUGUUCCGCGAAGAUCCGUGUUGUUUCGAAGAUAUGUACUGAGUACCAUUGAACGCAGUGAAUUUAGAGAUCCGCCCAACACGAAUUCUGAUCUAACAGAACUUUAAAACGGCUACUGUUCGGUAAAGCAUCUAAUUCAGUCAAACGCCGCAGGAACUGGCCACCCUGAAGUAAAGUUGGGAACGGUGAAAUGUCGAACACCAGGAGAUUCUUUCAGCGUCUGAACUUCGCGAUAUUUAUCUUAUGUUAUUCAAUGGCUACCUAUGGGAAACCCGUGGAUGAAAUCUCCAAUAUAAAGAAGAGGUCUGUCUCGGAGCACCAGUUCAUGCAUGAUAAGAGCAGGUCUAUCCAGGAACUGCAGAGGCGGAUCUGGCUGAACAAUGUAAUGGGCGAACUGCAUACAGCAGAGGGCCGUGGACUGACUCAGCCACGGUCGCCGAGCAAUCCCAAACACCCGGCGACGUGGCCGGACACGCCGGACGUAGCAGCGCUUCUUAUCAAGCUGGCGUCUAAAAACGAGGGUGCCAAGACCCCGGCGGAGCAGUUGCAAGAGAGCAAACCCGGUGCUUUAAAAUACCAGAACGCAAAGAAGACCGGCAAGAAGAAGAAGCAAGGCAAAAGUAACAGGCGCAAAGCGCAGAAAGGUCGUCAGGAGAAGAGCAGGAGGCACGCACGCUCCGCCGGUUCCGAAAUCAGAGAUCCCGGCAUCGGAUCCGGUUCCAACCGCUCCUGAACGCCGUCUACGGACGGCUGUGGCAUUGAGGGUCCAACCUGUAAAAUAUAUUUUAGGUAACUACUCAGUACUCUCCCAGUCCACCCUCUCACACUUGCUUUAAAGUUUAAAGACUGCAGGCAACGCCCGAGUUCGGCGUCUGCUGUGAUGUGCUGUGAACUUGAACAGAAAGGGAUCUCCGAUUAAUAAGCGUCCAGAUACAAGGAGCGUUAGGCCGGCCGCACUCGAGCGCUUGAAAGCGCAUACACCCGUUCAGUUGCAUCUUAAUAUUAGCAGAGAAUAGGCGCGUAGAACCAAUCAGUUCACGUGGAUGGAGAGGACGUCACAGGCGUUGUGCGGUACCAUCGUGUACGGUCAGCAUCCAAAUGAUGCUUUUCUCCUUCAUGCAUGCCCAAAAUCGUAGUCUAUCAACGCGACUGACAGCAUAACUGCUGUCAUGUUCCUUAGUUUAGAAGUUAAUGGACAAAAGCACUUUACAAGUGUAAGCGUACCAAUGAUCUGCAGCCAGAUAAUAGCUGAAAGUAUCCAAAAUAGUCUUAUACAGACAUAAUCCCUCUUAAAAAGCCCCAUGUUUUCAGUAAUGAUUCUAAUUUUGUAGCAUGAUUUGAUUGCACACCGACGUAAGUCAGGACCAAACCCCAGUGAUAAUAAACUCCUUCAGAGGUCAAUGGUGGUGAGAACUUCCGCUUGUACAUUGGAGGUUUGAAAUCUGUUCUAACCCCUUGGAUCUCCUUUUAAAGUUGGAGAACACAACGUGAAUAAAUGAAAACUUUUAUUCAGUUCCCCCCCCCCUCCGACCACCACCCAAUCAAAAACAAAUAGGUGUAGAAGGCAUGAAGCGCGCGCAAAGCGUGUCCAAACGAAGAGAAACACUCGAAAUAUUUCACAGUAAUAGUCUGGCAAACUAAGACUAAAAAUAUGAUGCAGACAGUUAAAAGCUUCCUCAUUUUUGAUAGAGAAAAAAGGGGCGUACAAGCUGAGGAAAGUAAUUCCAGAAUCUGGGAACUAAACGUCUGAUAGUCAGAAUGCAUUGUUUUAUCGAAAGCCGACGUACAGCUACGUCCAACACGUCUAUAUACUGGCUGUGCUUUGCACUUUACGAGCACAUCACUUGAGUGGAUACCCAAUGUAUGGGGUUUCGUGGAUAUCUGCUGAAGUGAGCACGUUAGUUUAAAUAGCAUGCAUUCUGCAAGCAACACUUCAGUUUUUGUUUUGCUGGCAGUGUACCCAUAAAGUGUACAGGUUUCCCUUCUGGACAAGUAAAUUCUUCGUCCCAACAGGGUUUCUAAUCAAUUCCACAUCACCACCACGACUGCAUAGUCUGUAAUAUUGCUUAACUCUGGCCCAGCUUCAGUUCAUCUCCCAAGGAAACCACCAUCUCUGGAUUUGUUACCUCUGGUCAUGACUUCACAGUACAGUAAUUCCUUUCAGCUGUCAAUGUUCUAGCCUUGCUAAAUUGGAGGUCAUCCAAACCUCCGCUUCCAGGUUCAAACUUGUACCAAGUUAUGUUCACAUUGCCCUUGUGAUCAUUCACAUCACUACAGAGGAUCCCGGUUAAGCAAAGCCUUGACUUUAAAUUCUCAACUUUGUAGAUAGUUCCCUCUAUGCUUUCAACCAUCCCUAAAACUGCCUUAGACAGUUGUGCUCUCCUACUUCUGGCUUUGUGCAUGUUUCUAAUUUUAUUGCUACAAUUAUAAUAAACAACAUUUUCAGCUGCCAAAGCCCUAAGUAAUGAGAUUCCAUCCCUACUCUUCAUACUCUGUAUUAAGUUCCAUUUACGAUUAUUUACAUAAUGCCACAUUGUGUUUGCCACACAAGUACGCUCUAGCCUAGGAAGAAGCAUUGUUGCAGUAAUUGUUCUUUAGGGGUAGUUCUUUAUAAUUAAGAGAUUACUGAAGGCACGUUCUUACACUCCAGGCUUUUCAAUGGGUGAAAUCCAUUGAGCAAUAUAUUCUAUUUGGUAAAACCUACCAUUUAAUUUAAAUACUGCAAUUGUUAUGUUUCAUAGCCAGAGGUUAAUAAUUGUAUAGAUAUUAAAAUGAACUUCUAGAAAUGCAAUGCAAGGUCAACUUAAUAAUUAAUUAAGCAUUUUACAACUGUCACUUAAAUUGUCUUUGAAAUAACACAUUAUUAAAAAUGUUGAUUCGUAGUAUGUAUUCAAGAUAAAAUAUUGAAAACGUACAGAAAGUUUGAAAGUUUUCUUGAUUUUUAAGGGAAGCUCUUGCUAAUGUUGGUGUAAUCAUCUGCGAAGAUGCCAAUUAUGUAAUUCUGAAUAUGCAGAUGACUAAAAUUCGAAUUAAAUCAUUUCAAAGUUUUCUGAAAAUAUCUUCUGGUAAUUUACCAACUGAGCUUUUUGGUGUAUUAGAAUGCAACAAAAUGCAGCAUAUUGGGACUUAUAUUUGGAUUUUGUUUGACUUUAGAAAUGUGAUUCUCAAUGUGGGAGUUAAUCUUUAGAUUAAAGACUCCAGAUUAACUAUAUACAGUGGCUAUUUUGAUUAUCCGUCUCUGUUUUGUAUUUUGGACUCUUCCUGUGGGAAUAUACAUCUUUGAUAGAAUAUAUUGAUCUGGGGGCAUUUGGGUGGUAACUGAGUAAGAAGAGGAACCACACCAGAACCUAUCUAUCUUGUGUUAUUAUUUGUUGCACAAUUUGCAUUGACAUGAUCCAAAUAUAAGUUCUUCUUUAGAGGAUAAAGGGCAGGGACUAACAUCUCUACAAUGUUGGUUCCCAUCCAGUAAACAUAAAUAUGUUUAUGACCAAAACCAGGCACACAACAACUAUUGGACUGCUAGUUCAUAUUGCUUAAUUGGGCAUCUCUGAGAUGUCCAAGUAAAGUCCUACUUGCUACAAAGUUAUCAGAGUCACUUUCCAAAGACAAUAAUUUUAUGGCGUUAAGGUGGUUGCUUGCUUAAAAUAUUGAGCGACUGUUUAAUUUUCCUUUAUUUCUGUAGGUGAAGACUGAAAAAAAUAUCUUUUGCAGUAUUCUGUUUGUGUGAUCAUAACUAAAGUAUUAAACAUAUUUAUUGAUUGUAAAUAUAAAGCACGCAAGAGAAUAAAAACAUGAGUGUUACUCUAUGGAGCUAUACCAUUGGUCAUUGUGAAUAUC